AAUAAAAGACAUUCAACAUUUUCUUUUAAAUAACUGGUCCUAUGCCAAUGUAUUUCCCUUCCUGGUUGAACUGACAAACAACAAUGAAGAAGUUGAAUCGCCGGCCAUGUCUCUUGAUUUCUGUCCACUUCCUCACCUUAGGCUUUAUGAUAGAAGGAAAUGUGUUCACUAGUUGUGACUUUGAGGAUGGAUUUUGUGGCUGGACCAACCGGAACUGGAGAAGAACCGAAUUUGAUUCACCCUUGAAAAGCACGGGCCCUGAGAGCGCCUAUCAUGGACAUUAUUAUAUAUACUCACACGGUGGCGAGAUAGGCCAUAACGUCACGGCGACUCUUGAGAGCAAUGGCAUUCCACCUUCCAAAUAUUGUUUGCUCUUUAACUACCAUAUGCAGGGAUUGCAUAUAGAGAAACUAGAAGUGAAAUUAAACGACCAAUCAACGGCCAUCUGGUAUCGAAAUGCAGACCAGGGGCCGAAGUGGAACUGUGCCACCAUUAAUGUAACCAUUGAUCAUCCAGAAAGUCGCAUACGAUUUAUAAGCAGAACAGGGAAAACAAAAAGUUCAUUGCAAGACAUAAUCGGAUUGGACAAUAUCAAACUGGUGUCUGGCGUUUGUAAUUUACUAGAUUGUGACUCAUCAUUCAACGUAACGUCAACAACGACACGACAACAACCAAUAUCAUCAACGACAACGGAUUCAGUGAUCCAAGUACAGGAGUCGACGGAGACUGAAUCAUCGUGGUUUAAAAGGAACUUGCCCUAUUUUGUUGGAGUGCCCGUGGCAGUUUUUCUCGUUUCUUUUGUCGUUAUCGGCGCCUGUAUUUUCCAUUCUCAUAAGGAAAGUUCCAGACGGUUGCCUGCUGGAAUCAUGCGUGGUCCAUACAGAGCCGAUGGACUAAAUGACAGAUACCGAGAUGAUCCCACCAAUCAUCGGGAUACAGGACAUGAACUGUACUAUUCUGAGCCGGACACGGACACUUACGAUUAUGUAGACGUCGUUCGAGACCCAGACAGUCUCUAUCUGGACGUUAUACCCGACUCAUCGGGUGCAGACUGUGUUCAAAAUGGCAGUCAUCCGGCAGAUGUAUCUCCAAAACCAGGAGACUAUUAUAACGAUGAGAGUCCGUAUUGUGAACCAGUUAAAGCAACACAAGAUAAAUAAC